UUCAUGAAAUAUUGGAAGGCAAAGAUGCGAAAAUUGAACGAGAUUCUGAAAAUAAAAAAAGAAAUUUAGAUCCUGAAUCCCAUGAGUACGACAGAGAACUUAAUAGAAUUUUUGCUCAUAUACAGG